CUCCUUUCAAAAAAAAUGUUGCAAACACCACCAAAUUCAGACACUAUUAUAUUGUAGAAGACUUUCUCAAGAUUCUCAAUCAAUAAACUUUUAUAGCUCUGACGUAUCAACAAUUGCUAGUUUACAACAGCCAUGAACCUCAGCAACUCCACAGUCGCCGCCGGCGAGGAUUCUCCGGAGCACAUCGUCGGUGUUUGGUUUUCCGUGCCGGAACUCAGGCUUCGCGACCACAGAUUCACCGUUCCUCUCGACCAUUCAAGAGAUUCCUGUGCUUCCCCUACCAUCUCUAUUUUUGCUCGCGAGGUCGUUGCUGCUGGAAAGGAAGAAUUUUCUCUACCAUAUUUGGUCUACUUGCAAGGUGGUCCAGGGUUUGAAUGUCCACGGCUAACUGAAUCCAGUGGAUGGAUAAGUAAAGCUUGUGAAGAAUUUCGUGUGAUUUUAAUGGAUCAGCGGGGAACAGGCUUAUCCACGCCCUUGACAACAUCAUCUAUGUCACAAAUGAACUCUGCUGAAGAAUUAGCCAAUUACUUGAAGCACUUUCGAGCUGAUAGCAUAGUAUAUGAUGCCGAGUUUAUCCGAAAAUGCAUUGUUCCUGAUGCUGGACCUUGGACAGUCUUAGGCCAGAGCUUUGGGGGAUUUUGUGCAGUCACUUAUCUGAGCUUUGCUCCACAAGGACUGAAACAAGUUCUAAUAACAGGUGGACUCCCUCCAAUCCAAAAUGGGUGCACCGCUUACCGUGUAUACAAAGCAGGCUUUGAGCAACUCAUUCUUCAGAAUGAAAAAUACUACAAGAGGUUUCCUCAGGAUAUUGAAAUUGUUCAAGAUGCUGUAAAUCACUUGGCAGAAUAUGAAGGAGGAGGGGUGCCCCUUCCUUCAGGUGGCAUUUUAACACCCAGAGGAAUACAAUUGCUCGGUCUCUCAGGUUUAGGAUCCAGUACUGGUUUUGAACGCUUGCACUACAUGUUUGAGCGUGUUUGGGAUCCUAUAAUAGCUCCAGGAACAAAAAGGAAAAUCAGCUCCUGCUUCUUAAAUGCUUAUGAAAGAUGGCUGACAUUCGAUACAAAUCCUUUAUAUGCAAUAUUGCACGAGCCUAUAUAUUCCCAGGGUAGUGCAUCACAGUGGUCUGCUCACAGAACUAGAGCUGAAACUGGGAGCAAAUUUGAUGCAAUUAUGGCGGCUAAAGAAGGUCGCCCUGUGUUUUUCACUGGAGAGAUGAUAUUUCCUUGGUUAUUUGAUGAAAUUCAUGCCUUGAGGCCAUUCAAAGAAGUUGCUGAGUUGUUGGCAGAGAAGAAAGAUUGGCCUCCACUCUAUGACAUUCCUACAUUGAACAAAAACAAGGUACCCGUCGCAGCAGCUGUUUAUUAUGAAGACAUGUAUGUCAACUUCAAGUUGUCAGUGGAGACAGCUUCUGAGAUAGAGGGGAUUAGGCUGUGGGUUACAAACGAAUACAUGCACUCAGGCCUAAGAGAUGCAGGAGGUCGCGUUUUGGAACACUUAUUAGGUAUGCUUAAUGGAAAUAAACCCUUGUUUUAAACCUUCCAUCUCUUUUCACAUAUCACCACCACCGAAAGGCUUUAGGUACUGGUGAGGUAUUUUGUAUUGAAAGUAAGAAAUCAUCAUAAUUGAUGGGUUCAAAAUAGAAGAUACUCAGUGCAGCUCUUUAUCGUGGGCGAUAAAUGUUCCUAUGCUGACAUACUUCGGUUUUGGAGGGAAAAUGUUGUUAUCAAAUGUUCCUUCAGUCCCAAAUUAUAAGGGCUGUUCCGUCUGUCCCAAAUUAUAAGAGCCGUUUCUGGUUUUAAGGCUUGACUGGAGUUUAAGUUAAUUUUCUCACUGUAACAUUUUAUCUAGUACAUUACACUGAA